GCGCUACAGCCAGGGUUGCAAGAUUAGGCGGAAAUGUGUCCCAAUCUGGCAACACUCGUCCUCCCCUCCCUUCGAUGUUCAACUGCGCGGACACUUUGUACUAAUGUCUGUUUUUCCAGUCCCAGAACAGAGGCUGAACAAGUGUCCUAGUUGAACGAGUGUUGUGGCUGCACUGGACCCGUCGCGUCCAUCGACAACAUGCGGAGCUCCGGUGCCCUUCUGCCCGAGUCCUGAAGGGAGGCCCCAUGGAGACCGCGGGGGGCCCCAGGCCAAGGCGCACCAGGAGUGUGCGAGCAUGCUGCAGACAAACCGCAACACAAGAUAAAUCAACCAAAAGGGAAAUUACAAAUGUGCUGAAAUCCUUGAGCAUGGGGAACACGGAUGAAGACGACGACACAGAGAUAGAUGACACAUACGUCUUCCAGAAGAACGGCGGCAGCAGCAUCGAGAGGCGGGUCAUGUCCCCCAGAUACAACAUCCUGCGGGAGGUGGGCCGAGGCAGCUACGGCGUAGUGUACGAAGCCGUGGCUAGGCGCUCAGGGGCCAAAGUGGCGGUGAAGAAACUCCGAUGCGACGCCCCGGAGAACGUAGAGCUGGCCCUACAGGAGUUCUGGGCCCUGGCCAGUCUGGAGAAGCGCCACCAGAACGUGGUGCAGCUGGAGGAGUGCGUGCUCCAGAGGAACGGCCUGGCCCAGAAGAUGAGCCACGGGAACAAGCGCUCCCGGCAGUACCUGCGCCUGGUGGAGACCUCGUUAAAAGGCGAGCGGGUGUUGAGCCACCCUGAGGAGCCCUGCUACCUGUGGUUCGUCAUGGAGUUCUGCGAAGGCGGAGACCUCAACCAGUUCAUCCUCUCCCGGCGGCCGGACCCGGGCACCAACAGCAGCUUCAUGCUGCAGCUCACCAGCGCUGUGGCCUUCCUGCACGACAACAACAUCGUGCAUCGCGACCUCAAGCCCGACAACAUCCUCAUCUCAGAGAAGUCGGGCACGCCCGUCCUCAAGGUGGCGGACUUCGGCCUCAGCAAGGUUUGCGCCGGCCUGGGCGGCUCGGCGGCGUGCUCGGGCAAGGACGGAGAGGACAACCACAACAAGAACCGCACCUCCAACAUCAACAAGUACUGGCUGUCGUCGGCGUGCGGCUCUGACUUUUUCAUGGCGCCCGAGGUGUGGGAGGGCCACUACACGGCCAAGGCGGACAUCUUUGCCCUGGGCAUCAUUAUCUGGGCCAUGCUGGAGCGGAUCACCUUCAUCGACGCCGAGUCCAAGCGGGAGCUGCUGGGCACGUACGUGCGUCAGGGGGAGGACAUAGUGCCGGUGGGCGAGGCGCUGCUAGAGAACCCAAAGAUGGUGCUUCACAUUCCGCAGCGGCGGCGCUCCUCCAUGUCGGAAGGCGUGAAGCAGCUGCUGAUGGACAUGCUGGCGGUGAACCCUCAGGACCGGCCCGACGCCUUCCAGCUACAGGCCCGCGUGGACCAGGUGACCUGCUGACCCGCCCCAGGCCACCCAAUAGAGUGCCGAGCGAGCGACUUCCUGGGUACAACUGAAGACUGUGAAACUCCUGUCCAGACCGAAGACAUCAAGGGAACGUGUUAUUGAGUUUGGAUAUUUAUGCUACAAGUUGUCUGCGGUUGGUUCUGUGAUUUUCUGCCCCCCCUCAAAAUAAGAAAUCUUAAUCGUUGGCCUAAAAUAUUCCAAAAAAUACAUUGAGAAAUGUCCCUUUUUUUUAAACAAAUAUCAAGAAUAGUUGUUCUGCACUUUAAACGACAAAGCCAUUUCAGGGUCUACUAGUGCAAAUCCCCAGAAAGGGGGAAAUUGUUCAAGAUUAGCAUAUUAAAUAAAUUGAUUGUUUGGUCAGUAUUACCGUCAAAAUGAGUUCAUUAGCAGAUUUCAAUCUUGUGGCAAUGGUUUCCUUUUAGUGUUUUCACCUGAUACAGAAGAAGGAAAAAAGGUAUUCUAGAAGUCCAAGGCCACUAAUAAAGUCCACUAAAAAGGAGUGAAGUCGAACCCCUGGUCACGGCCAAACCCAACGCUUCGCUUCUCGUGCCUUUUCAUUCACAGCCCCGUCGUCACGUCUCCUCCGCUUAGACUGCAUGUUCUGACCUAUUCUCUGACGGAUAAUCAAUUCAACUAUUGGUUUUAUCUAAUCAUGUCUUUGUUUGGGGAGGGGAGGAGGAUUCAAAUAGAAUACAAUUGAACACCAUUAAAACAACAAAAAAACACUCUUUGCACCAUUUUCUAAUGAUUUGCCCUGAUAAUCACCUCCUCAGCCGACUGUGCCUUGGGUUGUAAUCAGAUGAAAUGUACAUUGUUCUCUGGAUCUUGACGAUAAACCAUGUUAAUGUUUGCCACGGUUUAGUUUCUUUAAUCUAACACUACGAUGACCAGCGAGAAGAACCAUGAGUAAUGCCCCUAGAGCUAAUAGGGCCUUCUCAAGGCAGGGCAAAGAUAUUUCGGUGAAUGUUACGCUUUGUUCUUCUACUGUGCUUUCGUUAAAGAUAGACUUUUGAUAAGGAAGGCAAGAACGUUAUAGUUUUUUCUUUGGUAUUCAGGGGGAAUUGCUUAUUUUGAUCAUUUAAGUUAUUUUUAAUUGUGUGCCAAUAGUUUUUUUGUUUUUUACGCCAUUAACGCCUUUUUUUUUGAUCAAUUGUCUCUUGUGAAUUAAGUCAUUGGGGUGUGCAUAUGUACAGAGUUGUAGUAUCAAAGCAAUGGUGAAAACAAAUGCAGGGUAACUUGGAGAGAUCCUCAUGGUCAGGUAAACCCAGUACUAAUAUCUUCAGAUUAUACGAUUUGGUUUCAUGCUUUCACUUGAACAUGGAAUCAGAUUAAGUACACAGAACAAUGUGGAAGCAGCAGUUUGUUUGUGGUUCAGGCUUGAAUGUUCUAGAUUUCCCUUGCCCAGAUGGUUGUACAUCUGAAGAGUCAACAUUGUUACUCAGCGUUAGUAGCUAACCUGCGGUAGUCUUCCGGUUUACAAACACUAGGAUGUUAUAGAUGUUUUUCCUUUUGUAUUAUACUACCUCAUGUCUUCUACACAACGUAUGUACACGUUCCCAUCGUUUCUGUUUGGGCUGUUUGUGGUUCCUUUUUCAAUGGUUCUGGUCUUUUCUCAAAGGUGGACAUCUGAUUACAUUCCCUGGUAGGAGAAACCAUGGUAUUUCUUAUUAGAUCUUCUGCUCGCCUCAAAUCAUAAUAGUUUUUGGUUUUGGACUUUUUUGCUGGACCGAUUCGAAACGCAUAUCAUGCACAUGUUGCCCCCCCUCCCCACUACAUAGUUUCUCACCUUUUGUCCUUAGACAUCUCAGUUUGCUUGUUUUAUUUUUCAACGACAUUUGCAGGCGUCUUGUCAAGGGGGCUACAACACAGGUUGUGAUGUGAUUGGUGUCAUUUCUCAACUACAUAAGAACAUACCUCAGUUUUACAGACACUUCACUCACUGAGCAUAGAAACAGAGCUAGCUGAGGACGGGCGGCAAUUGAUGCAAACACGCCUGUAUCACCAUCAGGUGAAGCAGGAGAGAAUGAGCCGUGCUCAGGAUACGGAGGGAUGUUGUAUUUUAUUAUUUAAAGAUUGUGUGUUUCUAUUUUUGUAGACUGACAUCCUGAACAGCGUUGAAAGUGGUAUUUUGAAGGGUUGGAGCACUGCAGGGUCAUGGAUGAUGUAGCGGCCGGUAACCUCUUAACGCUCAGUGUUCUAUAGUUCUCGUAUUUUGGGCCUCUAUGUAGGGGACUCACUAUGGUGGUGGAGACGUGUACUAAACUGUUGAUUUAUAGUCACCUUUACCAUACACUCAACACUUCUAUGCAACAAUAUUUCACUAGAUGCACUGUGCAACUGUUUUUGGCUUUGGUUUAUCACUUGUUUUUUUGUCCUGUGCUUUACUCAAGGAUUGUAGUAGAAACUUGUCUCGUUUGUCCUGUGCAUUGCCUGUUGUCCUUUCCACAAAAAUAUGCAGUUCAUUACAGAUGCUACUAGGGACUUUAGCAUCACCUUGUUUUCCCUUUCUUUUUCAAUAUUGACUUUGUACAUCCACUCCAAUAAAGAAUGACAAGUGUCUGUCGGA